CCAGAGCGAGCUUAGGUAAUAAAGUGCCGCCAACUACCAAUAUGCGUCUCUCCGCGGUUAUUUUUAAUGAAUACGAAAUCGAAUGAGCUGUUUGUUGAUUUUAUCUGAGAAGAGUGAUGAUUUGGCUUGCCUAUAAAUGGAAAUGAAAUCUCGAUUAUCUCUUCUUCUACACUUAGAUUUCAACGAAUGCUUCCUUCUUAGCAACCACCUCCCUUGACCAAUUCACUUUGCUCUCUAGUCUCUCUCUUCUUCUUUCAUCGCUAAUUCUCAGAGACGAAGGCAUUCCCUUCCAGUUGUGCUUCUUCAGCUGAAAAUGGGGCAAAGGCGUGUUAUGGUGCCAGUGGAACAGGUUGACUUAUCCACAGUCAAAUAUGAACAAGAGAGCAUCCAAGCUCCACACUUGACUGGAUUCCUGUUUAGGUUCUUUGUUCGGGUGGUUGAAACACCACUGAUAGGGCCUUCGAUAAUAUCUAUAUUGAAGAAGUCGAAUAAGAUCGAUGAGCUGUUGCGCAACACUGUGAUACCGGAAGAACCCAUGUUCAAACCUGAAUAUCCACCUCAAGAAAAGGAGCCUGGUGUUGUCAUUCUUGAUGAAGAUGGGAGACCUGAAGAUCGAGUUGAAGCUGCCUUGAAUUGUCUUCCGCAUUAUGACCCUGCUGCAUGCUGGGGGAGUUCCUCUUUGCCCUUUCGGUACUGGAAAAUACGUGAUUAUGCUUAUGCAUAUCGAUCAGGAAAAGUAACGCCAUCUAUGGUUGCGGAGAACAUCAUUUCGGUUAUAGAGGAAAUCAGUGCUAAGAAACCCCGGGAACCACUACUGAUCUCUUUUGAUGCUGAGGAAGUCAGGAGACAGGCAUCUGCAUCUACCCACAGAUUUGAAGCAGGAAAUCCAUUAUCUAUUUUGGAUGGAAUUUUCAUGGCCAUUAAGGAUGACAUAGAUUGCUACCCCCAUCCAUCUAAGGGUGCUACUACAUGGAUGCAUGAAGUUCGCUCUGUUAAGACGGAUGCCGUUUGUGUUUCAAGGCUUCGUGGCUGUGGUGUCAUAUUUGUGGGGAAGGCAAAUAUGCAUGAGUUGGGCAUGGGAACGACAGGGAAUAAUCCUAAUUAUGGAACUACAAGAAAUCCUCAUGCACCUGAUAGGUACACUGGUGGAUCUUCUUCAGGUCCUGCUGCAAUUGUAGCUUCUGGACUAUGUUCUGCAGCCCUGGGAACUGAUGGUGGAGGUUCAGUCCGCAUUCCUUCUUCCCUUUGUGGUGUAGUGGGGUUAAAGACAACAUAUGGACGUACAGACAUGAAAGGGUCAUUAUGUGAUUCCGGGACUGUGGAAAUUAUUGGACCCAUUGCUUCAACAGUUGAGGAUGUCAUGCUAGUGUAUGCAGCAAUGUUGGGUUCAUCACUUGCGACCAAAAUCAGGAUGAGACCGUCACCACCGUGUUUGCCAAACUUGUUAUCCUAUGAUGAUUCGAAUACUUUGGGAUCAUUGCGACUAGGAAAGUACACUCCGUGGUUUAAUGAUGUGCAUUCAACAGAAAUCUCUGAUAAGUGUGAGGAUGCUCUUAAUCUGCUAUCAAAAUACCAUGGUUGUGAAACAAUAGAGAUUGUUGUACCAGAGCUUCAUGAGAUGCGCACUGCCCAUGUUGUUUCCAUUGGCUCUGAGUGCAUAGCAUCACUAAACCCUGAUUGUCUGGACGGGAAAGGUACAAAGCUGACAUAUGAUACCCGUACAAGUGUCGCGCUUUUCCGAUCAUUUACAGCAGGAGACUAUGUUGCAGCCCAGUGUCUCAGACGAAGGCUCAUGUAUUACCAUAUGGAGAUUUUCAAGAAAGUGGAUGUUAUUGUGACUCCAACAACAGGCAUGACGGCACCUAAAAUACCACCUAGUGCUCUCAAAAGUGGCGAGACAGAUAUUCCAGUUACAGGUUAUCUUAUGCGUUUUGUCAUCACUGCAAAUCUUCUUGGGUUCCCUGCAAUUACUAUACCUAUUGGUUACGAUAAAGAAGGACUUCCAAUAGGUUUGCAACUAAUAGGUCGACCAUGGGGGGAAGCAACAAUUCUGCGUCUAGCUUCUGCCGUCGAGAAACUCUGCGGGGAGAUGAAGAAGAAACCUGUACAAUACUAUGAUGUUCUGAGAGCAAACUGAAGCUGCGUUUAUCAAAGCUAAAGCUUCUGCAGUCUCCGUUAUUUGUGAGUUAUUAUAUGCACAGUAUGUUUGAUUCUCUGGACAUCUCAUUUCUUCGGAUGAUACUCUUGAUUGCAUGAACAUUAUUCCCAGGAAAUAUGUUCUGCAGGUAGUAAUUGUAAUAAUUUCAAGACAAAACAUGGAUCUUGACAUAUCCGAAGGAAAAAAAAAAAAAAAUCAUAUUCUUCCUGGGUACUGUUAAAUAUGCUUCAAUAAUUGUUCUGUGCUUCAUACAGUUAUCAA